AUGAAUGGUCCGGUAAUAAAAUGGGCAAAUGGUCCGAUAGGCGCCGAUGGUCAUAUUGGAACAUCAAACAUUCCUGAAACAAUAAACGGCACAACCAUUGUUGGUGGAAUCAAUCAACAAAAGACAGCAACUAAUACGACUACACAAAAGCGGCCGCAAAGACGAGGGGCGAAACCACAACCUGACCGACCUCAAAGAGUUUUAUUCUGUUUAGGAUUAAAAAAUCCACUUCGCGGCUUAUGCAUCAACAUAGUUGAAUGGAAACCAUUCGAAUAUUUGAUUCUAUUAACUAUUUUUGCAAACUGUGUUGCUUUAGCGGUUUAUACUCCGUAUCCGUUCAGUGAUUCCAAUGUGACUAAUCAAGCGUUGGUAUGUAUUCAUGAGAGUAAUUAUGUUUUAAUAGUCUUGAGUCACAUUUAA